GAAUGUAGGGAAGAGGGAAGAGGAUGUAAGAACAAAGAACUGUGGACAUGAGCCAGCAUCAUGGUGGAAACCCCCAGGCUCCUGUCUCAACUAGACAGGGGGAGGUGGAGACAACUAGAAAAGGCCUCAGCCCAAUUUUUUUAAAUGGCCCAAUGGGAGACAAUAAGACCUAGGUGAUGUACGAGGAAACGAUGUAUGAGGAAACCGGUGACCCAUAGUACUUAGCCUAUGGGAACUGGAGGAGGGACUGGUUAAGCCUGUGAUCGAUACUACAUAUGUGCCUGUACAACCAGACACCCGCUCUCGAGAACACGAGCAAAAAUCAAAUUAAAGUAGAUCUUGUAGAUGAGAAUUUUACAGAAUUAAGAGGAGAAAUAGCAGGACCUCCAGACACACCAUAUGAAGGAGGAAGAUAUCAACUAGAGAUAAAAAUACCAGAAACAUAUCCAUUUAAUCCCCCUAAGGUCCGGUUUAUCACUAAAAUAUGGCAUCCUAAUAUUAGUUCUGUCACAGGGGCUAUUUGUUUGGAUAUCCUGAAAGAUCAAUGGGCAGCAGCAAUGACUCUCCGCACGGUAUUAUUGUCAUUACAAGCACUGUUGGCAGCUGCAGAACCAGAUGAUCCACAGGAUGCAGUAGUAGCAAAUCAGUACAAGCAAAAUCCUGAAAUGUUCAAACAGACAGCUCGACUCUGGGCACAUGUGUAUGCUGGAGCACCAGUUUCUAGUCCAGAAUACACCAAAAAAAUAGAAAACCUAUGUGCUAUGGGCUUUGAUAGGAAUGCGGUAAUAGUGGCCUUGUCUUCAAAAUCAUGGGAUGUAGAGACUGCAACAGAAUUGCUUCUGAGUAACUGAGGCAUAAUGAGAGAGCUGCUGAUAUAGUCAAGCUUGCCCCUUCUUGAGGAGCAUCAACAUCUGUUAUUUUUAGGAUUCUGCAUAGAUUUCUUUUAAACUGGCAUUCUUGCCUAAUGAUGUUAUCUAGGCACCAUUGGAGACUGAAAAAACAAAACAAAACAUCCCUGCUCUGUAAAUAAAGCUAAUUAAACGUCUGUGUAAAUUUAAAAAGGGGAAAUACUUUAAUUUUUUUUCUUACUUAAUAGUGUAAAAAUUUUUUGAGCUAAGCGAAACCAUGGAAAAAAACAUGCUACUUUAGUAUUUAGCAGUGUACCAGAAUAGCAAGAGUUUGCUUCAGGGUUUUGUUGAAUAAUUAGGUAAUAUUUUGAGUGUGUCAGGACCAUUCAAAUUGUUGGUGUUGCAUCACAGCUACCUUAACUGUUUUUAACAUGGAUCCUCUGUGCCUGUGAAUUUACUUGCAUGCUUGUACUUGACUUCUUAAGAUGGGUAGCUGAAAAGACCACCAUUUUAAGCAUUUGAGAAUUCUUAAACUUGAGGUUUAUCUAGAAUGAAGAUGGUGACCUAUUCAGAGCCUUUUUGUCCUGGUCAGCAGACUGGGACACUAUAUUUAUUUUUCCUCUCUUGCCACACACAGCUAAUAUCCUAAUAGUAAAUUCUCUGGGAAAUGUGCUGAGGGACAGUAUCCCUUGCUUCAUUUUUUAGGUUGUCCAUAUGGAAUGUUAUGUCACAGUUCUUUACUCUUAAAAACGUUCCUAUGUUAAGUAAUAAUGUAAAGAUGGAGCUGCCAAUUUUGUUUCUCUUGCAAAAUCAGUAAAUACUUGAUGUUGCAGUAUUCCCAAGAUUUAAUAAAAGAACCCAACUUAGUUUUUCAAGUGAAUUUGACAUCUAUUUUUAAGCUGAUGAAGUUUUUCUUUGAGAACUCGAAAAGAUGAAAUAAACCAACUGCAGUUUUUUAGCCUAAUUUUGGCUUUAUAGAGAUUGCUUUAUCAGAUACUUUAAAAGUCACUCUUGCUUGCAUUUCCCCCUAUUUACACAUGAAAGCUGUGUUGGUGUUUAACUGUACAUACUUCAGAUGCACAUAGGAAUAGAAAUGUGUUAUAAAUCUAGCUUUCUUUAUGAUGUUUCUGAUAAUACGAAAAUUGAAAACUUUACCUUCUCUUGUACAUAUAGUCAGACUUUCUGUGUAUUAAACUUACAUUUCAUUCUAAAUUCUAAAGUUUGAAAAUUUUUAGUUUUGCAAGUUCAAACACUAUUGUGACCAUUUUAUGAAGGUUGAAAUGGAUUUAUGCAGGCAGUUCUAUGCAUAGAAACACAGUUCUUAUUAAAUUUUCAGGACAGUGCAAAUAAUAAAAAUGUAAUGGAAUUGGAAUUAAUUAAAGCAAGGUUGUACAUUGAAAGUCCUAUUAUAAAAGGUUUGCUUUCUUCAAGUGUUAUUUAUCCUAAAUUAUAAUUGUUAAGUGUUUGGAAAAUAAUUUUAAACCAUAAAUUCAUCAUAAUUUCAUUGAAUUCUCAAUAAUCUUAGAAGCAAUAAAAGAACCAUUGUUAAAUAUA